AUGGUUAUCGCACGUACCUCCAAAUUCCACACUCGUGAAGCAGGAAAAUCCAUCCAGAUGCCCAAUAUCGAAUGCGACGAGAACAAGGCCGACCCGUCCGCGCUACCCGUGUCAUCGCCCGACAUGGAACCAAUAAUUGAAACCUCCGAAGAAGACUUUCAGGCGCCCAAGAAGCGACGACGCAUUGAGGAGAAGAGAAGCGAAGCCGCCAACGUGUUCACACCUUACCUCUUCAUGCCCGACGACAAGAUAGAGGAGAGCAGGACCAGGGACGACCCGCCCGCGCGGCUCGCGCCGCCACCCAACAUGUUCAUACCUUACGUCUUCGGUGACGAGUCCCUCGGCCAAGAUAGCGAUGCGAAUGAGGACAUCGAUUACUGGAGGGACAGCCUCUCGCCGAAACAGCGUCCUCGCUUCGCUUUGAAGAAGUUAUUGGAGUGUGAGUUCAGUCAGACGCUGGCCAUCAUCUCCAAACACAAGACCAUCUUGCGCCCUCUCUGGCUAAAGCAGUACUGGGUCAGAGGUCAACUAGUCACCUCAAACCUCAAGUGGGAGCGUCAAGCGCAUUAUACUGGCAUUGCUCAUUAUCUUUUUACGCCGCAAGAGAAUGGAGAGAAGACUUGUACCAAGUGUGAGAUUGUAGACAACUAUGGGCCGUUUGCGGAGUGUGUCGCUGGCGGUCGGGCGGUGCAUGGAGGCGCUUGCUUCAGCUGCUAUUACAAGGGUGAGGGGAAGAGUUGCUCCCUCCGUAUCGUCAGAGAAGAAAGCGCGGUAUGA